AUGCAAAUAAGGACAAAUAAAGAUGUUCAAAAUUUAAUAGAAAGAUUAAAUAAUCAUAUAAAAAUGCAAGAAGGGAAGGAUAUUUUAAUGGAAAUGAAAAAUUAUUUGAGACAAUACCACUAUGGGUUUUUAAGAGAAGCAUUGAAAAAUAAUGAAGAAUUGAAGGAAAAACUUAAAAAGAAAAAAUUUUCAAGAUAUUUGAUUUUAAAUUUAUUUGUGGAUAAAGAAAUGUUUAAUAAACUUAUUGAAGAACUGGAGCUGCUAGAUGAGGAAGGUAUGAUUAAAAUUAAGUAUUGGCGUGAGGUUGGAAUGGUACUAGUCAAAUAGAUUUUUUUGAUGCUAAUACCAGUAGUAAGAAAAGUUGUGACCAACCAAACCAAGAGUAAUAUAAA